GUGGGUUCACCAAAUCAAAGCGUAGAAAAUUAGACCUGACUUCUAAUUUCAGUACAAAAGAGAGAGAAAGUAGAGUGAGCAAUCAGAGAGAGAAAACAAUGGCGAAAUCAACAACCAGAGACGCUCAAGCCUUAAUCCACUCUCUCCGUUCGGCUUAUGCCGCCACUCCGAUUAAUCUCAAGAUCAUCGACCUCUACGUCGUUUUUGCUAUUUCUACUGCUUUGAUUCAGGUGGCUUAUAUGGCAACAGUUGGAUCUUUUCCAUUUAACUCUUUUCUGUCUGGUGUACUUUCUUGUGUUGGUACAGCUGUUCUUGCUGUAUGCCUUCGCAUUCAGGUGAAUAAGGAAAACAAGGAAUUCAAGGAUUUAGCUCCAGAGCGUGCGUUUGCAGACUUUGUUCUUUGCAAUCUAGUGCUCCAUUUGGUUAUAAUGAAUUUCCUGGGAUGAGGUGGAGCAACUUGGAAAAGAUAAAAAGUGUUCUAUUUUGUGCUUAAGAGUAUACUACAUAGGAUUAGUUAUAGGCGGUUUUCCUGUUUUCUUUUCAGAAUCUAUAUAGACACACUGAUUAUUGGAUGACCAGAUGAUUAUGCAGUAAGACUCAAUUUUGCAGGAUUAUGUUCAAAACCUAAAAUCCUUUAAUUAUUCAAGGAUAACAAUUUUUCAUCCUAGGCUAAAUCUGGUAGCAGCA